AUGCACCACAUGUAUAAUAGUUUUUUUCAGGUUGGAGUGCGAACUUCGGAGCUUGCUGCCAUAUUUCUGGCAACUUUUGAAAAUAAUCGAGGUACCGUCAUCUCUCACCAAUUUCCAGAAGACUAUGUAUCAUCGGCUCAAUUCAAGGAAAUCAGCAAUGUUGUUCUUCCUCGGGCCGAAUUGGCUUUUCGUUUGAUCACCGUAGAUGCCUUCCAGCACUAUGUUAUCGGGUGCCCGCAGCGCAUUGAAGGCGACCAGUAUCAGAGAAAUACGUUGCAGUUCAACAUAUGUUUGGUGCUUAAGCCAAAACCGUGCUCAUCCCUAGACGAUGUGACACGUUGGCAGUUUUGGCACGAUCAACCCGUUGGUGGUCUACGGUUGCCGAUUCACGCGGCAUAUGAAGCAUUGGUCCUGAAAAUCAACCGUUAUUUUCACGCUUGGGAGGAGGAAUGUGGCUUUCUAUCCACUCACCUGGGCAAGAGCGCAGACGAACAAGGGUACAUGGUGAUGUCAAAAUGCCUGGAGUCCAUUUUUCGUCAGCUGCACGCGGACGGCACGUGUGUACUGGACCUUGAGGGUUGCGGGUCGCUCUAUCUUCGCUUUAUUCCUGGCCGAUUGAAUGCAUCGUGCAGUCGUGUCCUCCUUGACCCGGAUGACUUGGUCCCUGAUGACGAACGGCGUUCUCAGCACUUGCUUGACGUAGACGAAGCCAAGGUGAUCCGGUCCUUUUCCUCCCUGCCCUGGAUUGCCACACAAACUGCUCCUCCAACGGAAUCGGAGGUUACCGAUGAGUGCGUCUUCGUCCUCGUUGAUACAAUCUAUCCUCACCGAGUGAGUCAACGGAAAGCUGGUUCAGUGAAAUGGAAGUGCGCUGAUUUCUUCGGCGAUCGCAUUCUACCAUAUUUGGACGGACGUCACUGCUUACCCGAGUUGGCACGUUUGACUGGGAUUGAUGUUACAGUCGCACGCUUGUAUUUGCUUAAUCUGGUCCGCAUUGGAGUUGUGAGAGCACUUCCAGCUCCCACCUUCUUGGUUCCAGUCCACAUCACGAGCGAUAACCACCUCCCUACAUUUUGUAUUACAAUGCCAGGUUGGCUUGGCCUACCUCGUCUGGCCACACUUUUGACCAAUCGACAUCUGGCUGAGGCGUGUCUGGAUGCUAUACACUGCCAUUCACCAACAGCCUCCGGAUCAGGAGUUCGUUGUUCUCUGUUGGACGCCUUCCGUGUUUACACCAUUCUUUGUGGAUCGCCCAACUUCAGCUUGCCUCAUCUAAUCUCAGCUACUCCGCGUUUGCGAUUCGUCGACCUCAGUCCCCUUGGCGACCACCCGUUAUCAUCUUCAUCUAACCCGUCUGACAACGCUGGUGCCAUACCUUCGAUCAGUUUACUUCGUUUGGUUCAAUUUGGUGAGAUCAAUGGUCUCAUUCAUCGUCUCAAGUGUUACCCAAUCGGGGACCUAACCGGCUACAUAGACCCAUCUUCCUCCCAACAUCCUGAUUUUUCUCUGGUCGACUCUGUGUCAUCUGAGUCCACCUCUUCGCGUACUCCAAAAUCAUCACUUGUUAACUCAACUCUCUCCCCUAUGCAAACUAGGGCGGCGAAAGCCGCAGCUGUUUGGACUGCUUCUGACGAGGAGAUUUGGACUAGGAUCCGAUCUUCCACCUUGGAUGGCCUCCAUAGCGUGGAAGCGAUUGGAUGCAGGUUGUCGUCUGAAACUGGCCUUUUGUCUCCCUCGCCCUUCGUUGCCACAGAAUUGGUGACCAACCGGCUCCAUGGCGGUUCGUUAUUUCGCUCCGUUGAACCAACUUUUCCUGAUCUGGCGCUAACAACGAUUCACUCUGGGCAUCAGAAAGCCGUCCCCAUUACUAUUCCGACCUCUGUCACUGAAGGAGAUGGAACGCUCCACACGCUUCCAUCUAUGUUGCCCAGAGCAAAUCGACGCUUGUCCUUCGCCGGCAAAGGAGAUGCUUCUCGAACCACGGAGCGCAGUGCUCCCAUUCCUGAGGUGGUGAGUGGUACUCGUUCAUCUCUCACGACAUACCACGACCAAUCAUUCAGCACACCUGCUUCCAACCCCUCCAAAGUUCCCCACGUAUACUGGUUGUUGAGAUGAAGUGCUUGCACCCAUCGCGCGUGUUGCCUAUUUUGCUUAAUUCGAAUUCAUUAUUUUUUAAACUCUGUUCACCCUUUACUUCUAUCUCUCCGAGCAACUCGUCCUGUGAUAUACUGUUACUCCGUGACUGACGAGGUAUGACUGUCGUCCGCCACCGGGGUUCCGCUUUCUGGUUCUUCGUCAACAACCGGGAAUCACUUACGCCUCAUUCAUGAACACUCUCAAGAGCCCAUCUCUGUGGAUUAUCUCGCACCCGCAACAAUUUACCCAUUUGGUCAUUAAUCUGUCUCACGCGAUGAUGGCGGUCAGCAAUUAUCCGGCAUUGUGCAAAGCACAGUUCGCUGACACAUGACGUCCAUGCGAAUCACGCACGCCGUUGACAUCCUUCUCCGGGUAAUGAACUGCACGAUAAGCAGCUACGUAAUCAUGUUACUCACGGAGGCCGGUACUCUUACCGUGAAUAUAGUGUGGCAUGAGAUUGUCAUUUGAAAUGAACCAAGCCAGCCUCAAGUGGCCGGUGAUCGGCGUUCAAUGCAGAAACCCCCGUGCACAAGAAAUAGGCUGCUAUUCAUCCAAUUAAUCACAUGGCACAUACUCUUGUUUGCCCACAGGAAUACGUUUCUUUGGUACCCAAAUCCACUACGAAACUCGUCAACCUGUCAUUAUUCUGUCGAAUUUUCUGUUACACCCUCCUCCUAUGUACAUAGCGACUAUUUCAAACAAUCGGCUAUUUUUUUUAAUCGCGCGAUGUUUUUUCUGACACUCUGUGGUACUUGCUACCGGUGCUGUUUUUGCUACCAACAUUUUCGAAGCAGACGUUUCUUUGUGUUUUUUGAAACCAUCACGCUACUUGAACUCCACUUGUAUGCACUUUGUAAUGACCAAUACGCUUCGAGAGUUAUUUAUUUAUUCAUUAUAACGGGUCUCAUCAGGAGACACGUUGUGUAACUGCGUAACUCAUCUUUGUAGUAUUGUUACCUGGGUUACUGUGGGGAGAGUAGGGCAGCAAAUGAACGAUUUUAUCGA